AUGUCCAGAUCCGGGGACAGGACCUCCACCUUCGACCCGAGCCACAGCGACAACCUGCUGCACGGGCUGAACCUGCUGUGGAGGAAGCAGCUGUUCUGCGACGUCACGCUCACCGCCCAGGGCCAGCACUUCCACUGCCACAAGGCCGUGCUGGCCUCCUGCUCGCAGUACUUCCGAUCCCUCUUCUCCAGCCACCCCCCGUGGGGCCCCCCCCAGGACGGGCUGGGCGGCCCCAAGGACCAGCCGCAGGCCCAGCAGCUGCAGCAGCUGCAGCAGUUGCAUCAACAGCAGCAGCAGCCUCAGCAGCCUCAGCAGGCCCAACCACCGCAGCAGCAGCAGCAGCAGCAGGCCCCGCAGGAGGAACCGGGCACCCCCGCCUCGUCCCCCGACGACAAGCCCCUGGCCAGCCCCCGGGCCAUCAACAACCUGGUCCUGCAGGGCUGCUCGUCCAUCGGGCUGCGCCUGGUCCUCGAGUACCUCUACACGGCCAACGUGACCCUGUCCCUGGACACGGUGGAGGAGGUGCUGUCGGUCAGCAAGAUCCUGCACAUCCCGCAGGUCACCAGGCUGUGCGUCCAGUUCCUCAACGACCAGAUCUCGGUGCAGAACUACAAGCAGGUGUGCAAGAUCGCGGCGCUGCACGGCCUGGAGGAGACCAAGAAGCUGGCCAACAAAUACCUGGUGGAGGACGUGCUGCUGCUGAACCUGGAGGAGACGCGCGCCCUGCUGGACGCGCUGCCGCCCCCCGUGGAGUCGGAGCUGGCGCUCUUCCAGAUGGCCGUGCUCUGGCUGGAGCACGACCGGGAGACCCGCAUGCAGCACGCCCCCGACCUCAUGAGGCGGCUCCGCUUCGCCCUCAUCCCGGCCCCCGAGCUGGUCGAGAGGGUCCAGUCCGUCGACUUCAUGCGCACCGACCCCGUCUGCCAGAAGCUGCUCCUCGACGCCAUGAACUACCACUUGAUGCCCUUCAGGCAGCACUGCCGCCAGAGCCAGGCCAGCAGAAUUCGCUCCAAUAAGAAAAUGCUGUUAUUGGUUGGAGGCCUUCCUCCUGGCCCAGAUCGACUACCAAGCAACUUGGUCCAGUAUUAUGAUGAUGAAAAGAAGACGUGGAAAAUCCUGACAAUUAUGCCGUACAAUAGUGCCCAUCACUGUGUCGUGGAAGUUGAAAACUUCUUAUUCGUGUUGGGAGGAGAAGACCAGUGGAACCCUAAUGGAAAACACAGUACAAACUUUGUCAGCCGAUAUGAUCCCAGAUUUAACAGCUGGAUACAGCUUCCACCCAUGCAGGAAAGGAGAGCCAGUUUCUAUGCUUGUCGCCUGGAGAAACACUUGUACGUUAUUGGUGGACGGAACGAAACAGGGUACCUGUCCAGUGUGGAGCGCUACAACCUAGAAAGCAACGAAUGGCACUAUGUCUCCUCUCUACCGCAACCUCUAGCAGCGCACGCAGGAGCAGUGCACAGUGGAAAAAUAUACAUCUCAGGGGGCGUCCACAACGGCGAAUACGUCCCUUGGCUUUACUGCUACGACCCCGUCAUGGACGUCUGGGCUAGGAAGCAAGAUAUGAACACAAAAAGAGCAAUCCACACUUUGGCUGUAAUGAAUGAUCGGCUGUAUGCUAUUGGAGGAAACCAUCUGAAAGGAUUCUCCCACCUCGACGUCAUGCUCGUGGAAUGCUACGACCCUAAAGGGGACCAGUGGAAUAUUCUGCAGACUCCCAUAUUGGAAGGCCGAAGUGGACCUGGGUGUGCAGUAUUGGAUGACAGCAUCUACCUUGUAGGAGGAUACAGCUGGAGUAUGGGUGCUUACAAAUCUUCGACCAUUUGCUAUUGCCCCGAGAAAGGGACCUGGACAGAACUAGAAGGAGAUGUAGCGGAACCCCUGGCAGGCCCAGCCUGUGCCACAGUGAUCCUACCCGCCUGCGUACCCUACAAUAAAUAACGGCCCCCAAAGGGCUGCAUCAGAUGCUCUGAGAAGCAUUGGCAGGAGACAGAAAUAUUUUAAUAGGAAAACAAUUCCCCGAAAAAGACACAACUGCCAAAGCCCACAUUUUAUUUCCUAUCAAUGCUUUAAAUCCAAGCCAAGAGUUUCCGGUUCUUAGACAGAUUCUGGUGUCUUGUGAAGCAAGUAGCUAUUAAAAAAAAAAAUCUCACCAAACAUACCUGCUGACCGACUCGGCCCUUCCAGACUGGUUUUCACUUUUUCCAGCUACCGGGAUGCUCCUCCCAUCAAUUUUAAUAUUCCGAAGGAGAAACUUAAGCCUCUGAAGACCUCCCAGAAAGACCUAAGAGCAGUAUUGUGCGUCGUUUCCUCCCUGCAUGUGAUCUAUGUUGAAAUUUUGGGGAUGUUGUGUUCAUGAAUGCUUCAUACGUUCACCCCUUCCCCCACUGACACGCUCACACUACAUGGCAGAACGGACCCCGGGUCUGCGAUCCUAAUCUCGGCUACUACAGAGACUCUGCGGGCAAUGGUCGUGUUAGGAGAGAGCAAAAAGAGCCAAAGAAGUGUGAGUCCAUCUUUACCCACCCUCACUUCCUCCACCCUCUCUGCCUUCAAAGCGCCCCAAGGGAGUCUAGCAGAGAAGGACUAAGGGGAACCGAGCCAGGAGCUAAAAGUCCUCAUUCUAGGGGCUCUGACAUGAGCUCUUUCUCUCAAAGGGUAAAACCAGGCCCAAUCUGUUACUCCACUCAGCUCGUUAGAAUGUUUUCCCAGUUUUAAGACUGUGAAGGAGCGAACCCACCUGUCUGACUUGAGAAGGCAGGAGAAGCAAAUUCAGGAGUGAACGGGCUGCCGCACUGAGACCCAUCUUAAAAUAUGUCAGGUUUUUCUCUGGAGCCCAAGGCCUGGGAGACACUGUUAAGUAACAAAUUUAGUCAUUUCUCUGGCACUGAGAAGCCUAAAAUCAACUCACCUAAAGUCACCGAAAUUUCCAUCCAUUUCCCACAGAAGCUGCAUCUGUGUCCUUUUUCCUCUGCUAACUCUGGGCCAGCCCCCGAUUUCCCAUCCAUCAUCUCCCAAGCAGAGCACAUUUCCGUUGUUCUCAUUGGUGAUGCAGAUGAGAAAGAAGUAAUUAUGUCAGUUUCUGCUGCGUCAGAAAUCCAGGGCUGGGAGAAGCUGGGUUUUUCCAAUCAAAAGAGUUCAAACUGGCUGGGGAAAUUGAUGUUAUUGUCAAACUUUUAGGACAGAAAGUUAAAUAGAAGUAAAAGAAUCGCCAGCGAGGUGGGUGAAUCUCUCAAUAAAUACGUCGUUUCGAAGCAGAAAUCUUUUGAAGCCACAAAACAGAAAGCCUAGGCGAGAAUCUCUCGGAAAGCAGGGCAGACAGGCUCAUAAAGAUGGAGCGUGCUGAGAGCCCCGGCCAUCUCUGUAGUCAAAGUGCAAUCUUAGUUGUUUUGUAUUUAUUUGUAUUGUUCAAAUCGGAAAGUUACCUUGUAAAGAUAUAUCCAGUGCAAUCAACUUUCAUUUCUUUUCUCUUGAAGUAAAUAUAAAGAGAAACCAGCCACAAAGCUGAAUGAGAAAACCUUGACUGAUGUUACCCUGGGUAUGUAAUCAGCCUCAAACCUCGACAGUCAACCUUUACCUGUUUCUUUCUGAAAUGCACAUGUCUACUUUUAAAGAGACAUUAGUUGUCCUUUAACUGUUUUUUUUUAAAUAAAAAAACCAAGAUAAAUCAAAGCAUUUAUGAGAAGUGGAUGUAGAGCUUUCUGUUAUUUCAGAAAGGCGUGACCCAGGGGGAAGUGAUAUAAUUCAGUACGUCACAAAGAAUGUAAAUAUUGUACAGUAUUAGAAUGUGUAAAUGAAGCUUGCUUGUAAGGAAAAAACUUUAAAUAAAACUUUAUGUACUAAUUCAACUGUCUGCCAUAUUCCUACAUAUG